UAUUAUGGUACAAGUAGGUAUAGGAAACUGAAAUAAAUAAGGAGAGAAUGAUACAGAUAUGAUUUAUUAAUACAACCAUUAUUGAGGGUAGAAAGCGGAAACAUUUUUCAAAACAAACGGAGCAAGGUUAAAAUGCAUUAUGCACACUUGCAUAAGUCACUAAACAGAUCGAAGUGUACCGUUUAUAUCCGUCACGGACGAAGUGCAGUUCGUUUCUUUAAAGUUGGCUUAUGUAUUGGGUAAUUGAAAUUAAUGAGCAAAGCCUCAUAAUUGCAAAUGACCUAAAUCAGAACGAAGAAUGCAUAUUCCGAUAGGCUCACAUCACAAACACACAUUUUAUCACAUGACGCAGUGCUGACGACUGCUGUGUGCGCGUAGUGUGUUAUGAUUUUCCCGAAAUGCACAACAAUAAACAAAAAAUAUUGCAGUGCGUGCACUCGUGAUUAUAGUGUUUAUUUAAUUGUAUACACAACAUAACCUGACAAAAAUGGAUUUACUGUACACUGUAAAUAGAAAAGUGGCAUCGAAACCUUUUAUAAAUCAAGAAAGCUUAUAUGAAGGACAAUCUUUAUGCUCAUUGUCUAGUCGAAACAUAGCAGCAUUUAUUACAACUACAGAAUUAGAUGAUAAUAAUGGAAAAACAUGGGGGUCUCAUGUUUAUGUUUGUGAUUUAAAUAUGCCUUGGCAUACUCACAAGAUAUUGUCAAACAACCAUACUAUCACUGCAUUAGAAUGGGAUUUAUCGGGUGACAAACUAGUUAUUGCAGAUUCUACUGGAAAUGUACAACUAUGGAUGUUUAAAGAUCAUGUUCUUAAUGACUGGAUUUUAAUAGGUUCUACUUGUUUUGUUGGUGAACACAUUUUAGGUGCAGCUUGGUUUCAUAAUGGGAAAAAGACAGGGCUUGUAACUGAGAAAAAGGAUAGUAUUCAUUAUAGCGAGAAAUUUAGUCAUUUACCUUUUGCUCCUUCUGUAAGACAAUUUGGUGGUAAAGCAGCAGAAGGAGUGUUAGUAGUAUCCACAACAGGCAUGGUUGGUGCAGUUAUGAUCACAAAAGAUUUUCAAAAUCCAGUUUGUUCAUCAACAGAAAGUUUGGGCAGCACAAGACACAGAAUAACUGCAGUUGAUCUAUGCUAUGGAAAAAAUGGUCAUAUUUUGGUAGCUGUAAGCAGUGGAAAUAUUUGUUUACCAAUUAGAUGUUACAGAGUAUUAGUUCGAAAAAAUGAUGAUAAAUGUACUAUUACAUCGCAAGCUCUUCCAAGCUUUUUUCUACAGGAUGGUGCACCCAAAGAUAAUACAUAUACAAGUGUAACACACUUAAAGUUUGUGGUUCGUGAAGAUGCUGAUUCUUUGGUUAUUGCUGUGAAUAGUGAAAGUGGAGGUAUUGUAGAAGUAUGGGAAUUACGAGAAAAGUCACAACCAGUUCAUAAGUUAUUUCAGCCUAAAACAUUAGAACCAUUUAAGACUGUAGUGGUAUGGCAACACCAGUCACAAUAUCGUUGUCAAUCUCCAAUAACAGCAAUAGCAACCACAAAAUUGUCUAUAGUUACCACAUUGCCUCCCCCGAGUUACGUUGUAGUAGCUUUGGCAGAUUCUUCAGUGCAUUGUUUAAGUCGUGAUUGCCUAAAAGAAAUAUCUUUUUCAUCUUUAAAUAUGGCUUGGCGACCCGACGAACCGAAUAAUAAGUAUUUUAAGAGUUCCAUCUCUAUAGCAAGUAUAGAUAUAUCAUGGCUAGGUUGCGUACUCCUAGCUUGCGACACGCGUGGAAAUUUGUAUUUGUUCAAAUUACUACCUGAUGGAGGACCAUCAAUGGCAUUAACUUAUGCUUGUACGCUACUAGAGUACUGUUUAGUUACAGGAUUAGACUGGUUGGAUAUACUUUUAUGUUUAAGAUCGUCAAUGCUUGAACCAUUAUGCGAAAGACUAGAUGUUUCAUUCAACAGGCAAUUGCAACCCAUACAGCAGUACCAUUAUAUUCAGUUUCUAUGCAUUAAAACAUCAUUAUACAGAAUGUUAGUAUCAGGACAGACUAAGGCAGCAGACUUGUCAUCAUUACUUAUGAUUCAUUCGGUAGCAACAGCUUUCAAAUCAUUAUUACGACCGUCAGAUCUAAUUUCUCACGAUAAGGGACCAGCCGAAAGUUUAGCAACCGUGAUUAAUGAUGCAAUUACUGAUGUAGAUAAGGUACUUUUACACCUUGAUCCCAAAGAAUUUACCGUAGAGCCAAGUACACUUCAGUCAUUGCAACAAUUAAUUCAGUGGGUAGCAGAUCUAGCUUUGAAUCUCUUAGCUCGUCUUCCAGAACAGCGGCUACAAAUGAAAUCCGGUGGCUACGAACUCCUAAAGGAUCAUAAGGCCUUAAAUACGUUGAGAGAAUUGCUCGUAAUUAUACGUAUAUGGGGUUUACUACGUCCAUCCUGUCUACCAGUAUUCCUUCGUAGCGCCGAUAAUCUCGAUGCAUUGGCUCUACUGUUCCGUUUGUUAUCAAAAUUGGUUCAACCAAACGGAGAUACUCAAUCACAGCAGAUAGAUGAUGGACUAAUCGAUGAUUGUUGCCUAUUACCAAACCAAAUCAUGAUACCUCAAUUACAUCAGGGCAAUAGCAUAACAGCUAUAGCUACACCUGUGCUUUUUUAUCAAAAUUUUCCUCUGCAGAUGGAAUAUGGUAUUGAAUCGGAACAAUUAUUAUUUAUACCUGAACUUAAUUCAGUUGAAGGUUGUAUGCAUAGUGGGCAAAUUGUAGAUGGUAUUCGACACUUAUACCUCGGGAAGCAACCCCUUUUGGUUAAGCAAUGUACGAGGUGUGGGGGAAAAGCUCAAGUUCAAAAUAUGACUCGAACGGCGGCAAUUAGGGCAUGGGAUCAAAGAUGGGCGAGAGCUUGUCGUUGUGGUGGUAUUUGGCGAAUUCAUAAGUCUUGUCCAUAAAUGCGUAAUGAACUGGAAGUAAUGUACUGGUGAAAUUUAUUAUGCAAUGCUUAUACUUGUGAUUUUGUACAUCAUGCAGCAAAUGACAUUAAACGUUUUUAUUUAAAAUAUCG